AUGGCAAUUAGAGGCUUUGUGGACCGGAGAGGAAACCCCAUACAUAGAGAGGUACAUGGAGGUGUUCGAGCAGCAAUGUUUAUAUACUUCCUAACGGUUGUAACAAGCAUGGUGAAUGUCCCCAAUUUGCUGAAUUUGGUUACCUAUCUCCACGGAACAAUGCAUAUGGGCGUGUCGAGUUCUGCAACUACAGUAACUAAUUUUGUCGGUGCCACAAGUGGGUUUGCUUUGAUAGGGGCUUUUCUGUCAGACUCGUACAUCAGUCGUUCUAGAACUAUACUUCUCUUUGGUCCAUUGGAGUUUCUGGGCUUUGGAUUGCUUGCACUGCAAGCCUACCUUCCAUCACUCCAUCCACCAUCUUGCGAUAUUGAAGAUGAACGAACUGUCUGCAAAGAGGUUCAUGGUUGGAAUGCUACCCUAUUAUAUGCAGCCUUGUAUAUCAGUGCAUUUGGCGAAGGUUGCAUCCGUGCUUGCUUGCCAUCUCUCGGAGCAGACCAGUUUGACCAUGAAGAUCCCACUGAGUCCCGCCAACAGUCCAGCUUCUUUAACUGGUACACCUUUGGGAUCUCCUUGGGUGGUUUAGUAGGAUUAAUUCUCAUUGUGUGGCUCGAGACCUACAAGGGGUGGGACAUUGGACUUGGCUUGUGUGCCAUCCUUGUUCUGCUUGGGUUGAUUGUGGUUGCCACUGGUCUCCCUUUCUACCGCAACCAAGUACCUGAAGGAAGCCCUCUAACUCGAAUACUGCAGGUUCUUGUAGUUGCAUUCAGAAACAGGAGGCUCGAGCUUCCCGAGAAACUGGAAGAAGCACAGGAAAUUAGUACUGGGGCAGGCACUAUUGAAGUACUCUCCCGAAAAAAUAACCUGAAAUUCCUCGACAAAGCUUGCAUUAACAGUGGGAAAGAUGGAGCCUGGUCACAUUGCAGUGUGGCGAAGGUGGAAGAGACAAAGAUUGUGCUUCGAAUGCUUCCCCUGUUUGUCAGCUCCAUGAUCGGAUAUGUAUCGAAUCCUAUCAUCUUGACAUUCACUGUGCAGCAAGGUAGCAUGACAAACACAAGGCUUGGCAAGAUCCACAUCUCCCCGGCGUCACUCUUCAUCAUCCCUAUCACAUUCCAGACGGUAAUGCUCGCCAUCUAUGACCGGUUCAUUGUGCCGUUCUUGCGCAAGCGCACUGGCUACGCCAGUGGCAUCACUCACCUGCAGCGGAUCAGCUUAGGCUUCGCCUCCAUGAUACUCGCAUCAGUCAUCGCAGCACUUGUUGAGAGAAAGAGAAAGGAUUCUGCAACUCAGAUGUCCUUGUUCUGGCUCGCGCCUCAGUUCUUCCUUCUGGGCGUGUCAGACGUGACAUCGUUCCCGGGCCUCCUCGAGUUCUUCAAUAGCGAGGCGCCACGGGGCAUGAAAUCCAUCGCCACCGCAUUGUUCUGGUGCGAGGUUGGGAUCGCGUCAUUGCUGGCCACUUUCCUGGUGAAAGCAGUGAACAGGGCCACGAGACGUGGGCACCAGGGAGGGUGGCUCGAGGGUACAAGUUUGAACAACAGCCGACUUGACCUGUUCUACUGGCUUGUGACCGUUGUCGGAUUGCUUGCCUUCUUGAACUAUCUGUACUGGGCGAAGAAGUAUGUCUACCAGCAGGAUCCACGCGUCGCUGAUGAGCCAUCAGUUGAUCAAGAUGCACCUUAA